AUGAACGGCACACAGUCGCCGGCGGUCGAGCGAUUCGACACCUCCUACAAGGAUAGCGACCUGCUCUCGUCUGCCACAGACAGCAUAGACGCCAAUCAGAAGGAUGAGCAUAACGUAACGGAGGCGAUCAAGGCUCUCCAGCAACUUUUGAAGAGGUCUACGGUGAAUGACACUACGUUGACGACCCCCAUGGACGCGGCUACGGACAGCGCAGCUGCCAUGGAAUACCUCUCCGACUUUUCCUAUGGACUGACGCCUGGCGAGGCGCGUUACAUUGUGUACCGGUUCCUCAAGGCCAAUUGCAUGAACCUACCACGGGCUCUCGAGCAACUGAUGCGGUCCGCCGAGCGGCGCAAGAAGCAGAACUUCAACAAUAUGGCGCUGUUCCCGUGUAUUAUUCCCAUGAGCGGCUUUAAUCAGCGGAUGGUGUGCUAUGAGCUACGGCUCCCAUAUAUUAGCAGCAUCUCCUCGGGCAAGCACUACCUGGACGCCGAGGGUCGACUUCGACUGGAGCAUCAGCAGUUGGACUACUGCAACAGGCAUUACGAGGACCCCUACACCAAUCUCACGACGACUGGAGUGACGGUCGACUCAAGGCCACAGAGCCCCUACAGCAGCGACUGCCUGUCUUCACGACCCGCCAGGAAGGCGCCGCAAGUAGCCUCUUCCCCCUCCCCCAUGCCCCUCGUCAGUCCUGCAAACGGGAAGCCGGCCCUCGAGAGGGAUGGCAGUGCAGAGCCCAGGCGAGACGCCGAGUCACCGAGGAACUCCCCCUCGCCAAAGGAGUAUCGGCGCAAGAGCGCUGAGAACAAAAUCGGCGCAGGCAGGUGGCGCUCCUUCGUCUCUCUCAUUCCGUUUCUCCGUCAUCAAGGUACCAGCUGCCCGUCAAACGCGUCAGCCUCGCACCCGCGGAAUGUGUCUACCGUCGCAUCCGAAACAAGGAGGCACACCGGCUUCCACUCGCUCCUGUCCACGUGCAGCGGCAGCGAUCGCGAGAACAGCUGCCCGUGCGAGCACAGCUGUGAGACGCCGGAGAUGGAAGAGGAGAAACUGCUGAACGCGGCGGGUGUGGCAGUGCCACUGACGGCAACACCCAGCGCCCUUUACGCCGACUGCCUCAACUUCCAUGGACUAUUGCAGCCGAUCGUUGCAGUCAUUACAAAGCACGCGCCAUUCGCAUUCCACUACUGGGACCUUGAGGGGCAUCCUGUCAUGUACUGCCGACUUGGCAGAAUGCACUCAAAGAAGCUGAUGCAGGAGCUAUUCGCGCUCACCCCGAUCGAUGCCGAGCCGCGUGCACUGGCGCUGCUGUUUAACACGUAUGCUCUACUAGUACUGGAGCAGCUGAUCCGCUACUGCAACCGCCGAAACCGCGACGGCGAUGAGAUUGGCGAUGACCUGCUGCCGCAGCCGAAGGGCGGGAGCAGAGAGCGCCAGCAGGGUGAGUCAUGCGCAACCAACAGCACUGGUGUCGUGCCUCGCAGAAGGCCACGUGUUGGCUCGUGUACUGUUGUCAUCGACUGUGCUGGGCUAAAGAUUCGACGAUAUCUGUAUAAACCGCUGCUGUUUAUGGUGCGUUCGAUUGUUCGGAUGAGCAUGCGCGACUUCCCGGAGCUGAUGCAUCAUGUGUAUGUUACCAACUGCACAAGCGUUGUGAACUUAUCGUACCUGAUGCUGCGCGGCAUACUUUCGAGAGAGACGCGGGAAAAGGUGACGCUUUGUAGUAAGAGCAACACGGCUGCCACGUUGUGCAAGUGCAUCAGCGGUGAUAUGGUACCGCAGGAGCUGGGAGGCAAGUGCCAGUGUCCCGGCGGCUGCAUUUCGUCCAUGGAUGCAACGCCCAGCGACGCUGACUCUGCGACACUCAGCCACAGCUGUGGUGAGGCGCCGUCGAGCAUUACGACGCAAUGCGGCGACACCUGCACCGAUCAGGUAACGCAGCUGUCGGAUGGGGAAGGGCUCUUCUUUCACCCUCUCCAGUGCACUGCCGAGAGGCUUGUGCUCAAGGCGCGAGAGUCGCGCAAGCUGUCGUUUGCAAUGGAUGCGGGGAGCGAAAUUAUUUGGGAAUUCGCGGUGAAGCACGAGCGCGACGUAUUCUUCUCGGCUGUCUUCGUCUCCGCCUGCAACGAGGGCACGAUGCUGUCGCUGGUGCCGCGUCGACGAGUUCGGAGUGAGGCGGGCCACUACAUUUGCCCCUCAAUCGGGACAGUCAUCUUUGAGUGGAGCAACAAGCACCACUUCUUUACUCGAUGUCGGCUGAGUUUGAAGGUCUACCGCGAAGAGCGUUCCGUCGGCUCCAUGUGA